UCGCCGAUCUGAUCAUCACCAUAGUCCACCUCAAGUCCCUCACCGUCAAUUUCAAACUUAAAUCCAAUGUCACACCCAAACUUUUUUUAAAGAAUUUUAAACUCCAAAGAAUCCUGCUCUCUUUCUACUUCUUCUUCUCCAACAAAUCUCCAUUCUCUCAAAAACCUUAGGGUUUAGCAGUGCUUUUUCUUUUAAUUUCUUCCAUGGCACUUUCGUAAUUUCGUUACUGUAUUUCUCAAUGGCGGCGAGUUCAAGCGGUUUUACUGCUCAGCUUCAUUUUAAGCUCGCGCAACUUCAUAUAUCUCCGUUGCAUUUGCAUUCGACGAGUCUUGUUCGUGGAUUGCGCUUCAGGAAUAGAAAUAAAAAGAACCGACCUAUUAGUCGUUGCUGCUGCUCCUCCGAUUCUGUAACUCCGAUUCGUAAAACGUCCGGGUCGGGUAAUAGCGUUAGCGUUGAAAAGAAUGAAGAUAAAUGCCCUCGCAGUGUCCGUGUUCAAGCGACUCAACCAGCAUUGCCUUUUGCUUCGUCGUCUUCUUCCUCCUCCUCCUCUCAGUCGCGUUUUAUUUCAAGACAAGAGAAGUUUUCUCCUCGUUGUACUCCUAGAAAUUCCGGUCCUCAGUCCCGAGACACCCCGCCAAAGAGAGAUACAGGUAUUGCAAAUGAAAAGGACUGGGGCAUUAACUUGCUGACUGAACAUGUUAAUGAAUCUGGCACCAAUGAAGAUAGUAGUACUUGGUAUCGUGAAAGUGGAGAAGAUCUUGGUGAAAAUGGGUACAGAUGUAGAUGGACAACUAUGGGUGGACGAUCGCACGAUGGCUCCUCGGAGUGGAAAGAAACGUGGUGGGAGAAAAGUGACUGGACUGGAUACAAAGAGUUAGGUGUGGAGAAAUCUGGAAGGAAUGCUGAAGGGGAUUCAUGGUGGGAGACAUGGCAAGAGGUGCUGCAUCAAGAUGAAUGGAGUAAUCUAGCAAGGAUAGAGAGGAGUGCUCAGAAACAAGCAAAAUCAGGGACUGAAAAUGCUGGAUGGUAUGAGAAAUGGUGGGAGAAAUAUGAUGCGAAAGGCUGGACUGAAAAGGGGGCACAUAAGUACGGUAGACUAAAUGAGCAAUCCUGGUGGGAGAAGUGGGGAGAGCAAUAUGAUGGAAGAGGAUCUGUUCUGAAAUGGACAGAUAAAUGGGCUGAGACUGAAUUGGGAACUAAAUGGGGUGACAAGUGGGAAGAGAAAUUCUUUGCUGGUAUAGGUUCUCGACAGGGUGAGACAUGGCAUGUUUCUCCAAGAGGCGAACGUUGGUCAAGGACUUGGGGAGAGGAACAUUUUGGAAACGGUAAAGUCCACAAAUAUGGAAAGAGCACAACAGGUGAAAGCUGGGAUAUUGUUGUGGACGAAGAAACCUAUUAUGAGGCGGAACCUCAUUACGGAUGGGCGGAUGUCGUUGGUGAUUCAACUCAGUUACUGUCGAUUAAACCUCCAGACAGACCACCGGGAGUCUACCCAAAUCUCGAUUUUGGGCAAUCACUACCACCCCCACCACCUUCAAUUGAUGAAGACUCGUCAGACUCUCCUCCCUCGCGGUGAUGAGCUGAUUUUCAGAUUCUGAUUAUAUCUUGCUUUAGUCAAUAUCAUAUCUCAAUUUUAAGAACUUCUCCUGGAAUAGAACAUUACUUUUUCAUUUGUUCAUUCUUUGGAUGGUAAAAAUGCAUCAUCCAUUUCAAGCUAUGGUACGUAUCGGACAUUAGCUCAUUUAGUUUUCUUCCUGCUGCUGAUGUAGAUUGGAUUUUGAGGUGUUAGAUUUUGUGACAUAUUUUAAUUCUAAAAUUCAUUUUG